AUGCUCGGGCUCGACUCUGCCGGGAAGACGACGCUUUUGUACAGAAUGAUGACGGAAUCAGCCGUCACCACUAUCCCAACUGUUGGCUUUAACGUUGAAGAAGUCUUCCAUUCGGAAACAAAGUUCUCGCUCAACAUUUGGGACAUCGGAGGAGGAGAGCAUCCGACCGCUUUGGCGACACUACUUUCUUGGCUCAAGAGGGCUGAUUUACGUCGUCGAUUCUUCGGAUCAUGGCCGGCUCAAUCUGGCAAGACGAGAAUUUUGCGAAAUCAUUACGUCGAGAGAAAUGCGAGAGUGCUCCGUGCUCUUGGUUUUCGCAAACAAGCAGGAUGCAAAGAAUGCAGUGUCACCAAAGAAAAUACCGGCAAUCCUAGGCCUUGA